AAUUGUAACACGUGUUACAUCCGGUACCGGUGGGUUGUUCUCACAAGUUUGUAUACUUGCGUCGUCUGCAGUCACCGUUUGUGAAAGAUUUGCGGUUCGAGGGAUCUCCAAAACGGCUCUAUCUGAGACCUAUUUAGAAAAAAAAGAUGGAUUUAGAUUCUUUGAAAUCAGAGUUGGAGUGUCAUGGCCAAAGUCAACUACUAAAAUACUGGGAUUUAUUGGAUAAUGAUUGCCAAGAAAAGUUAUACAAUGAAUUAAAACAUUUAGAAUAUUCCAAUAUCAAUGGAUAUUUUAAACAAGCUAUGGCCAGCUUGGAACAUGCCUCAGACAAAAUUGACAAUCUACUAGAACCGCUACCAACAGCUGUCUGUGGAAGUGUGACACGGAGCAGUCCUGAGGAGUUGAAGGAAUACAACAGGAUAGGCCUUGACGAGGUAGGAAACAACCGUGUAGCUGUCCUCCUGCUGGCGGGGGGUCAAGGAACACGGCUUGGAGUACCCUACCCAAAGGGCAUGUACGACGUAGGUCUCCCCUCGCAGAAAACUUUGUAUCAACUACAGGCAGAGAGGCUACUCCGGCUCCAGCGACUGGCAACACAACAGACUGGCAAGCCCUGUACCAUUCCAUGGUAUAUCAUGACAAGUGAGCACACAAAACAGGCCACAGAUGACUACUUCAAGCAGCACAACUACUUUGGUCUUGAGAAAGAGAAUAUCAUACUGUUUGAGCAGGGCCUACUUCCUUGUAUAGGUUUUGAUGGAAAAAUUAUUCUUGCAAAUACAGACAAGGUGGCACAAGCUCCUGAUGGAAAUGGUGGACUCUACCGAGCUCUGCGGAAAUGGAAGGUCCUGGAAGACAUGGAGAAGAGAGGGGUGACAAACAUCCACGUCUACUGUGUAGACAAUAUACUUGUUAAAAUGGCUGACCCUGUCUUUAUCGGCUUCUGUAGGACAAAGAAAGCUGAGUGUGGAGCAAAGGCUGUGGAGAAGACAGUGCCGACAGAGGCUGUUGGUGUAGUCUGUAAGGUGGAGGGCCGUUACCAGGUUGUGGAGUACAGUGAAAUCACACUGAAAACUGCCGAGUUACGACGGGACAACGGACAACUGACCUUCAACGCGGGCAACAUCUGUAACCACUACUUUACUCUGGAUUUCCUCAAACAUGUGUCACAGGUUGAACAGGAAAAUCAGCUAAAACAUCAUGUUGCCAAGAAAAAGAUUCCAUAUGUCUGUGAUAACCAGGAGAUUGUCAAGCCCACUGAACCAAAUGGAAUUAAAAUGGAGAAAUUUGUUUUUGAUGUCUUUCACUUUGCCGAUGACAGGAGCUUUGCUGUAUGGGAAGUUCUCCGAGAGGAUGAGUUCGCUCCCUUGAAGAAUGCGGACACUGCUGCGAAAGACACGCCCACCACCUGUAGAGAGGCCCUGUUGAAUCUCCACCAUCGUUACAUGUUAGGAGCUGGAUCUAAAUUUGUACACAGCGACGGAUCGUCUCUUCCUGAUAUACCAUGUGCUAAGAAAGCCAGAGAAAGUGGUGACUGUCGGAAAGGAGAGAAUGAUGACCAAUUCAAUAAGUGUGAGGUUUCACCUUUGGUAUCCUAUGCAGGGGAGGGACUAAGCGAACUAUUAGACGGGAAGAAGCUGGUUCCGCCUGUACAAAUCGUAAUGGGACCGAAUGACAGCGAACCUACUAUCCUACAGAACAUCACAGCAAAUGGCACUGCAAAAUAGACAGAUUUCUUGUGUGGACUUUUUCAUAACAUCAUUUCAUUUUUCAAAGACAAAUGGUCUGUUUUUAGAAUUUGUUUUCCAUCUACAGAGGUCAUAUGAUUCUCAGGACAUUUCACUUCUUGUAAUACAGAUCUGUUUGUCUUGUGAUCUGAUCAGAUGAUCUUUCAAGACAAAUCAGAUACAGUUUUACAAGAUAGUCAUAUCCAUGUGUUACAUCUUGAGAUAUAGUUAAAUGGUCUCUCAAAACAGGAUGUAUGGUUUCUUGAGGCAGAAAUUGUGGUCACAAGACUGACCAUGGAGUCUCUCAAGACUGUUCAUAUGGCCUCUCUCUCUCUCUCUCUCUCUCUCUAGAGAGAAAUCCCAUGGUUGACAAAUCCUCUCUUGUGAUUGGUUGUCUCUCACAGUUGAUUCUGUUACCUUGGAAUAAUGAAAUGUUUGACACCAUUAUCAAAACAUCAGUGUUAUAAAUAUCUGUUGUGUGUGUUACUCUCAUGAAAAUAUUUACCAAUUCUUUAGAUUAUUUUGUAAGCUUUGCUGGUCAAGGAUGUAACGUCAGUUCAAAAUAUAAUUAAUACAUGUAUAUAUGUUAACUAUAUUGAUAUAUUUGUUAAUUUAACAAUUAUAGUUUUAAUUUAUUCGGGUUGUUGUAUGGGAUUAUGUUAGUGAAGGAAAGCUACAGAUAGAUGGUGCAUUAGAUUGUAGAUUUUAGAUAUUGUAAAGAAUAUGAGUCAUGAAACGGCGGUAUAAUAAAGAUGUGGUCAGACCUCAUAAGUCUGGAUUGUACUAGAAAUAAAAUCUCAUCUGGAAAUCACUGCUUUGAUGAAAAUUUAUAUAACAAAUAAUGUUCAGUACUCAAAAUCCCAGUUUGGGAUCUAACAGGGACUUAGUAUAUCAAGUCUAUACUUUUUCUGUACACUAGUUCUCAAAUGUCUUCAGUAAAAUUAUUGGUGAAAGCUAGUAUCACAGUUAUGACCUGAUAUGGGGUUGCCACUUGUGUGUGAUAUUGGGCACCAUGUUAUAUAUAUUACUAUACCUGUAAAAUAAAUACUGAUGUCCAAUGAUAUGAGCCGUUUAUAAAGUACAUUAACUUCACACACAUUUUGUUUUAAUAACCAAUUAAGUACUAAAAAGUGUUUGUAACAUCAUAGUGAUAGAUAAAAUCUUGUUUUGUUUUUCCAAUGCUUCAUUAAUGAGAAGAGACUUUCUAGGAACAUUUCGAGAGAAAUGAGGUUCAAUACUAGCUGAAUACUACAAGCUUACAACUGACAGAUCCAACAGUAGCUUGCAUUAGUACCAUAGGUGUAUAGGUAUGGAACUAUUUAUUAGAUUUAUUGUAUUGUUUUUAGAAAAGCAAGACAUAUUUAUGCGAAUACUUAUGUGUUAUAAAACUAAUAUUGAUGAAUUUUAUAUAGCCUAGAUGAUUGAGGCGCAAUGGAAUCCUUUUUUAAUUUGCUUAUACGCGAUUCUUCUCAAUUAUUUUUUGGUAUGUAAACAGUUGAUGCUUGUAAUACAAGCUACCAAUGUUUUCAUGGAUUAUGAAAAAACAGGAUUACUGAGGAGUUUUAAUGGAAAAUUGAAAUCCUCCAUAGACAACAAGUUUGGAAAUCUGCAUUAGCUAUAUAUAUACAUGUAGCUGGAUUAACAAGACUCCAUGCAAUUAGCAUUAUACAUUCAAGUACCAUAUUUAACUGCAAAUCAGCCCCAUCCACAAAUACGACCCUUUCUUCAUUCUAGCAGAAGCAUCAAUUUUAAAAUAGUGAGCUGAAAGUUGUUUAAUACAAAUAAGCCUACCCAAAAUGUACAUAAGUUUUACACUAAGGCCGGGAUGGGACUUCAAUACGUUGGUAAACAGUUGAUAGAAAAAGGUUUGGCCACCUUUUACAUUUGUAUGUUAAAUAUAAUUUAAAAAGACAUGACGUGUUAAGCUUUAGCCUUCAAAUGAGUUUUAAGAAAUGUUUUGAAUAAUUUAUGUAUUCUUGUAGUGUGGUUUUGUAUAUUUUUUUGUUGUAUUUAACCAGAUUGUGCUGAAAAGUGUGGUGCAUUUAUAAAAACUGAAUGUGUUCUCAUAAAAAACACCAAGUUACCAAUUUAAAAACCUCAACAUUUUACCAGAUGUUAACAUACUAGAUAUGUCUUGAGAGUAUUGAACAUUUUAUUAAUGAUUUUCUUUUUAAUCAUAUUUCAACAGUAUUUACCUUAUGUUCUGAAACCUAGCUUUGUUUUCAUAAAUUUUUUAAUAAAUGUUUCUUAUAAAAGACAUAAUGUUUCCAUAUCUUAGUUUGAUUAUUAUUUUUGUUUUUGUCAAAAUGUUACUCUUCGAUCCCUUAUAAUGAUACAGGUAAUACUAUACCUAACCAAUUCCAGACAUUUACUUCCUUGAUGUGAAAUCAAGUGCUUUAAUCAUAUUUUGAAUGUCUAGGUUACAUCUUAUAAUUAAGCUGAUAAAUAUUGCAAAUGUAUAUACAGUGGAACUUCGUGGGAGCACGAAAAAACUUUAAGUUAUCCGAGUGUUCGAAUUAAGCGAGUUAUCAUUUUUGGUGAAAAGUUUGGUCAAUAUUUGUCAACAUUAUAUAAUAUGUACCAGUAAUUACAUGUAGAUAACUUUAACGUUUAUUGGUUGUAACAUUUUCUGAGAUCUUAACAAUAACUUACCAAUCUUAUACAGUAAACAUGUUAUUGGUCUUUAUUGAGACAUUUACAAUAACUUAUCAAUCUUAUACAGUAAACAUGUUAUUGGUCUUUGUUGAGACAUUUACAAUAACUUAUCAAUCUUAUACAGUAAACAUGUUAUUGGUCUUUAUUGAGAUAUUUACAAUAACUUACCAAUCUUAUACAGUAAACAUGUUAUUGGUCUCUGUUGAGACAUUUACAAUAACUUAUCAAUCUUAUACAGUAAACAUGUUAUUGGUCUUUGGUAAAGUCUAUACAAACAUUUAUUAAUUAAAUGCAUAUUUAAAUGUUUUUGAGGUCAAAACAUCCUCUUCAUUAAGAUGUCUAGUAUUGAGACAUGUCAUAACACCCUCUUCAGUGAGGUGUCUAGUAUUGAGACAUGUCAAAACACCCUCUUCAUUGAGGUAUCUAGUAUUAAGACAUGUCAUAACGCCCUCUUCAGUGAGGUGUCUAGUAUUUAGACAUGUCGUAACACCCUCUUCAGUGAGGUGUCUAGUAUUGAUACAUGUGAAAACAUCCUCUUCAGUGAGGUGUCUAGUAUUGAGACAUGUCAAAACACCCUCUUCAGUGAGGUGUCUAGUAUUGAGACAUGUCAAAACACCCUCUUCAGUUAGGUGUCUAAUUUGAGACACUGACUUAAAUGUUAGUUACACAUGUCUUUUUUGGUCGUGUGUCUUGAUCUGCAGUUGAAUUAGUAUCAGGUGAAAAUAAAACCAAUACUAUUGUUGUGAUUUUGAAUACUACACCUACAUAUACAUUUGUUUAUGAAAGGAGUUGAUGCAAUAUUCAUGAAGUGUUAUGAAUUGAUUUGGUGUAAAUUUUGUUUAUAAUCUAAUAUGUACAAAUGUGUAAUGGACUUAUAUUAUUUCAGACACUAAAGCAAUCAAAGGAGUAUUAUUUAUAUAAAAUUGUAUAUAUAUUAUUGUACAUACCUCACCUGUAUACGUUAGUUUAAAGCAAACAUUCAGGGGACUUCAAACAUUUGUAAAGGUAAAGACACUGCUAUCCAGUAAAACGUUUUGCUACAUUUUACAUGAAUUUAUUUUGAGUUAAAAUUUAUACAACAGGCAUAUGAGUGAGAUGUACAACAUUAUCAUAUAAUCUUGAGGUCAACAAAAAUCAUGUGUAUGAUUGCUUUUUUGUUAAUUUUUUAUUCAAAUGUAGCCUUUUUCUUUUCAACCUCACACCCAUUGUUCUGAAAGUAAUUUAUAGUUUUCAAUGGGGAAAUAAUUUCAAAAACAAAAUUAAAUUUUUAAGAAGAUAAAAUUAAUGUUUUAACCAUUGCUUGCAAGAGUACACUAGAGCUAUAAUACUGUCUUGUAAUUAUGAUAUUACCCGGUAAUAUUAGGUGAGUUUCACGAGUUAGUGACAGAUUCUUAAGCCUGCCUACUCCCUAAACAUACAAGCUUAUAUUAGAUUUAAAGGUCUCUUGAUAGCACUAAAUGCUGUCCUAAUGGAUUGGAUAACAUAUAUGAUGUUGAAUGAGUUUCAUACAAAUCAACAAGUUUUCAUUUCAUAUUGUGAUGAUGGCAAUCAAUGAAAUAGUACUUUCAUUAUCAAUUUUCAUGAAUCUAAUGUAUGCUGGUAAUAUCAGGAAAUAAGGAAAGGUCAUUAGUAUGAGAAAUCAACUUAUUGAUGUCGGUAUACGUCGGAACUAAUUAUGUGUUUUAUGGUAGUAAAUACAUGCUGUUUCCCAUAGCUAAAACAUCUAUUUUUUCAAAAAUAUUUAAGUUGUUGAAACUUUUUUUUAUAUAUGUUAUUAUGAUUGCUGUGAACAGGUCUUUGAAUUAAGAAUGAUAUAUUUUUGGAAGAAUUUUGGUAAUAAUAUUUAGUUAAUAUUCAUCAGACUAAAAAUAAAUUCUGUAGAGGAUAUUGGCUUUUACAGACAGCUAAGUAUGCAUUCGGGAACAGUCUUAUUAUGGUGAUCAGAUUAUGGAAAAAUUAUAAACCUAUUAACCUGUGAGAUCAGUGUGUACUAAAUUUAUAUCUAUAAUUAAACAUUGAUUUGAACCCUUCAUUAUUUACAUGUAAAGUUUAUUUCAUCAUAUUAAUAGCUUCUUCUGUCUUUCAAAUGUGUUUUCUACCAAAAUUCAGUUUGUGUGUGUUUGUGAUUUUUUCUUCUUUUUUUUCAAAAAUUUUGUACAUACAUUUUUGUUGUAUAGAUGUAGAUUGUUUAAUAGAAUUGAUUGUGUAUAUAGUAACAAUCAGAGGGCUUAUGUAUUUUUAAACUGGGAUCAGGCUGGGAUGUAAUUGAUAAUGCACUAGGUUAGAAGAGUUCCUGUUUAUAUCUCAAAUGUCCGAAAGUUCUGCCCUUUUUUUUAUAGCUCUAGCUGUUACAUUUAUCGCUUAAUAAAAAUACUACAGUAUAUUGGAUCACAAAAGUGUAGUUUUAAGUUCUUAAAACUUAUUCGACAAGGAGUAUUAGGUAGAAGGAUAGUGGAUGCAUAGACUGGGUUUGAUCAUAUGCCCUCUGGUAUGGUCAUUAUGAUUUUUAGUCUUGCAGUGUUGACUAUUUAAACUACUAUCGACACAUUAUAUUUUAAAUCAUUAUUUACAAAUAUAAAUACAGGAGUUAGAAGUUUCAGGUAUAUCAAAUGGAUCUGUUGAUUUCAAAGCUUGUGUUAAGUUUUAUGAAUAUAUAUGCAAAUGGGAAAAUAAAAUUUUGAUAAUAAAAGCCA